GCCGAGUUUCGGUUUCGCUUCUGAAUGCAGGAUGCUCGCUUUUAUGUUGACGACAGAACGAUGAGUUUUUCGGAGCCCCGAAUAAAUAACUUGUUAGAGAAAUUGUAUCAUCAUCCAAAAGAAGUUAUAAAAGAACUUAAAUAUGUACUAUCAAUCUACAGAGGCCUGUCAGUGCACCUUGACUUUUAUUGUCACAAAACUGGAUUUAAAAGUAAGCUAGUUAAUAUAAGUGGUACCAUUCCUGUGUCAUGCAAAGGCCAAAUUUACUCCCUUCCAAUAACCAUGUGGUUACAUAAUGCACAUCCUCUGAAUCCUCCGAAAUGUUUUGUGAAGGGGCUACCAAUUCAUUACCAAAACCAUGGGGACCUUUUGGAUAAUGUCAGCGUGAAGUCUUCAGGUUACCUGUGCAAUUGGCAAUAUCCAAGAUCUCAUUUGGUGGGCCUUAUUGAAGAAAUAAAAGCAUCAUUCGUGAAUUCCUUACGUAAUUCACCAAAGAGUGUAGAUUCACAAGCACAUCUUGCUCAGGUUUCGCAUGCUUCAUCUCUUCGGGCAAGUUCCAGUCUGUUAUCUGUAAGGCCACAAUAUGAAGCUCAAAAAGGAAAUUCUGAGGUUCAUUGUAUUGCAAAAGUGUCACCGUUUCAUUCUGGGGAGAAUGCUUCAAAUAGUUCAGGGAAGAGAUCUUAUGAAACACAGCUGAUGGCUCGGGGGAUCAAAUUAUCACAGCUCCCUGCAAAAGCUUCUCCUGAUCGUGUAGCAAAGAAGAAAAUUGAUCCUGUAAAGCAAGCUGUAGAUCUCUUUCAUGAUUUGCAUAUUGACAAAGUGGCUAACACGUUUGACUUGCUAAAACCUCCCCCAAAAAAUCAAGGUUUGACUUCACAUCGUACUCAGAAUACAAGCUUGUAUGAGGACAAACGGAAAGUGCUGGUACUCAACAUUCCUGCUGAUUUACCAGAGCACAGGAUGAAAGAUAAACUUGUCAUGUUUUUCCAAAGCUGUAGAAAUGGUGGUGGGGAAAUUGCUGACUUUCACUAUCCAAAUAGGAACGCAAGAUCUGCCGUUAUCACCUUUGCCGAUGCCAAAGUUGCAGAAAGAGUUGUCCAACAAAGACACCAUUUAUUCACUUAUAAUAAUAAGAUUUCUCCUGUGGAGUUGAAGUUUUAUGAUGAAAAUAGAGUUUUGGCUGAAAAUGACAGUGGUAAAAAUAUUUCCACUGUGGGUGGUGUACAUAACGCCCAGAAUUGGCAGGGAUUACCACCAAGACCUAUUGAUCCUUCAAAGAAAAAAUCAGACCUUUUUCAGCAAUUACUGAGCACAGAAAACCAGAAUUUCUGUGUUGAGGAUGUGAUGGAAGUUGUGCAGUCUGGUUUAAAUUAUGAAUCGGCUUUGCGGUAUCUCUCUCAUGAAUGCCCCAUUUGCAGCGAACACGUAAUCUUUAGCAAGGUUGUCACAAUGACUCACUGCAACUGUUCUUUCUGUGAAAAUUGUUUUAAGAAAUAUUUCUCAUUAGUCAUAAAGGAACAAAGUAUUGUCAACGUUGUUUGCCCAAUAUGUAGGACCCCAGAUCUGCAAAGCCACCAUCUCCAAGAGAAUAUCACAGAGUACUUCAGUUUCUUGGACAUCCAGAUUCGCCAUUAUCUUGAUGAAAAAACACAUGAAUUAUUUCAAAAAAAGCUACGAGACCGAACGCUAAUGGAAAUGCCAAACUUCAGGUGGUGUGCACAUUGUUCCUUUGGGCUGUUGCAUGAUCUCAAUAGGUUGAGAAUGGAUUGUCCGUCCUGUAACAAAAGCACAUGCUCCCAGUGUAAGAGUCCUUGGGAGCAACAGCAUGAAAGGAUCAGCUGUGAACAGUUCAAGAUCUGGAAGAAGCAGAACAACCCUGAGUAUCAGGCAAGCACGCUGGACAUCUAUCUCAGCAGGAAUGGAAUAGAUUGCCCCAAUUGCAGCACUCGAUUUGACUUGUCCAGAGGAGGGUGCAUGCAUUUUAAUUGCCCAGAAUGUCAAUAUCAGUUCUGUGGUGGCUGUAAAAGACCUUUUAAGACAGGAUCAGCUUGUUCUUUCACGGGUAACUGCCUUAAAAAUGGUUUGCAUGCCCACCAUCCACGGAACUGUGUUUAUUACCUCAGAGACUGGAGUGUGGAUCGGUUAAAGCAGCUGCUAAAUAUGGGGAAUGUUCCCUUGACUGAUUUCAUAACAGAUAAUAAUCUGGGUCACAUGGAAGGUAAAUGUAAAGUUAUUGAGCAGAGGGAAACCUCGCACGGUUUGAAGGAUGAACAGUGCGGCCAACCUUCAGUGAAAGGCUACACAGGAUUCUGCAAUGGCCAUUUAAAACAGCACUUGGCUGAACUCGUGAAUAGAAAUAAUUUGGAUCCGGCUAUUCUAUACAGCAAAGAUGAAAUAUUAAUGGAAUUUAACCGCUGGAAUAUUGCUGUCCUGAAUCAACAAAUUAAUGAACCAGAAGAACAAUUUAUACAAAGGUUAAGAAACAAAAUCAUGAUCGAGUUAAAACUGGAUGAUCAACAACACACACAAAAUGCUGGUGGAACGCAGCAGGCCAGGCAGCAAUCUAUAGGGAGAAGCACUAUCAAUGUUUCGGGCCGAGACCCUUCAUCAGGAGUAGAUUGAAAAGUUGAAGGUCUAAAGAAAUUAUAGAUGGAGAGCAGCGAGAGAGGGUUUCACUGAACUCCCGUCGAAGAGAAGAUUUAAACUUCUUCAGUGUAGGCAUCACUGCAGAGGCUUCGCAGUAGUGAAUUCCAAAAGCAAACACGAGGAAAUCUGCAGAUGCUGGAACUUCAAGCCACACACACAAAAUGUUGGUGGAACGCAGCA